AAUUUCUACCUGGUACCUUGUGUAUAUUUGUUUCUUAGUUCCUUGCUCCGUAUUAUUUUUUGUGGAAUGUUGGGAUGAACUGAUCGUGCCGAUUGAGCUUCCAAAAUUUGAAGAUCUAUCCUGGGUGUCUGAUAACAGCGGUUGUAGACAGCAUCGAGUUAUUUAAUUUCAAGAAGAAUCGGCACUAGGAGAGCCGAGAGACAUAAUUGUGUUAAGUGACUGGAGAAUCAUUACACAUAGUAACAAUACCCUCUAUAGCAAAUUGAAGAGAGACCCCAACAAAAAUGAAAGGAUCAGACAUAAGAAUAAAGCUGUUGACCCUGAAACACAAAGCUCACCAGCUACUACUCGAGUUCUUAGCCAACCCUCAUGCUCCUGUAUACCUUAAAAUCUUAGGACUGGCUGCUGCUUUCCUUCUGUUCAUGUUACUCUUGCAGAUUGGUUCAUUUGUGUGGACGCUUCUUUCUUACCACAGAGACCCAGUAGGGUACCUCAGAGAAUAUUACGACCCUCUCACACCGCGACACGUGGACACAUCAGAAUUUAGAACCUCCGAUGAUCAUGUAAUGGAUCUAGAGGGAUACAAAGAGGAGUUAUUUAAAUUAAACGAAUUUAAUACUUAUUUAAGCGACAAAAUACCAGUUAACAGAAUGCAUAAAGAUCCUAGAUCAGAGAGUUGUCGGAUAGCAGCAAAACGGCUCCCACCGGACGCUGAACUAGCCUCAACCUCUAUAAUAAUUGUAAUGUAUAACGAGGAGCUAUCAACCUUGCUACGGACACUUGUUAGUAUUGUUCUCAAUACUCCCAUGGACAGUGUCAAGGAAAUUAUUAUCGUAGAUGAUAAAUCCUCUAGAGAUGAACUGAGAUCACGAUUAGAUAAAGAAGUAGCCAAUUUUCCGUUUGUUAAGAUUAUCAGGAAUUCUAAAAGGGAAGGGUUGAUGAGAAGUAGGAUUAUAGGUUCUAAAGGAGCAGAAGGUAAAGUACUGAUUUUCCUGGACAGUCAUGUGGAGGUGUUGCAGGGCUGGUACUCUACUGUUGUAGCCAGAGUCAUGGAGGAUAGGAAAACUGUAGUCUGCCCUGUGAUAGCAACAAUAGACCACACUACUCUUAACCUUGUCUCCGAUAAAUACACGGCCAUUUGGGGGGCUUGGGACUGGGACAUGAGCUUCAGGUGGAGACCAAUCCCUGCUAGAGAGCUUCAGAGACGAGGAUUUGACGACAGUGCCCCUAUCAGGACUCCAGCAAUGUCAGGCGGCAUAUUUGCGAUGGACAAGGAGUACUUCUUUGAGAUCGGAGCGUACGAUCCCGGGAUGAAGGUUUGGGGAGCUGAGAAUCUAGAACUUUCCUUCAGGGUCUGGAUGUGCGGUGGAGCCAUUGAAAUUAACACGUGCAGCUACGUGGGGCACAUUUUCAGGAGAACAAGUCUUAUCUUACAGACUGUGACAGGUGAAACUGCACUUCAACAGAAUACUAAACGUAUGGUGGAUGUUUGGCUCGAUGAGUACAAGGAAGCUGUUUUUGCUGCAGUGCCGGGUAACAAGAACGUAGAGGGAGGAGACAUUGUCUCCAGAGUUCUGCUGAGACAGCGACUAAAGUGCAGGUCCUUCUCAUGGUACCUCCGAGAGGUGUUCCCUGACCAACCUCGUCCUGAGAGGGACUUUGUGGGGUACGGUGAGGUGAAAGGGCCCGGUGACGUCUGUCUUGAUAACCUUGGGCCAGGUGUUGGUCACCAGGUUGGGGUUUAUUCCUGCCAUGGAAAGGGAGCCAACCAGUUUUGGAAGUUGUUACAGAGCGGAGAGUUUGUUAAUGAUAACCUGUGUCUUGAUGGAGACGGUGGGAACCCCAGGAAAGUAGUGUUAUACGAGUGCCACGGACUCAGAGGCAACCAGCAGUGGUUUAUUACAGAGGAUAACACAGUGAAACACGGUGGAAGUGGGAAAUGCCUGACACACGACGGGAAAUUCCUACAACUCCUACCAUGCGAUAUGGCUGACGAUCGGUUCAAGUGGAAAUUUGCUGCAAUGUCGCCGGGUGUUUUGACCAAAUUUCACGUCCUGUUCUCCAAACAAUUCGGCUACAAAACAAAAGCUGAACAAGCUGAAGCAGAAGCCAAGAAGGACGAAGAGAAAAGAAAGCGAGCCGAGGAGAAAGCCAAGAAAGAGGCAGAGAGACUGAGACUAGAGGAAGAGAAACAGAAAAAGGAAGCAGAGGAAGAGAAAGCAAGAAAGGUAUUAAAAGAGGAGAAGAGGGAAGAAGAGAAAGCAAAUAAGGAGAAAGCAAAUAAAGAGGCAGCUCAGAAACAGAAUGAUGAGGAGGAAUUCAGAAUAUGGAGGGCUGAGAAAAAACGUUCAGAGGAACAAGCUAAUGGAGAAAAAAGUAAAUAUGAGGAAGAAUUAAGGAGGAAGAGGGAGGAAGAAGAACAGAGAAAGGCGGAGGAAGAACGUAAGCGAAUAGAAGAAGAAUCAGAAGAGAGAAAAAAAUUCGAGGAAGAGAAACGUCUUAGAGAAGAAAAAGAAGCGGAAGAAAAGAGGUUAGCUGAAGAAAAAACGUUAGCCGAAGAAAAAAGGUUAGCUGAAGAAAAAAGGUUAGCUGAGGAGAUGAAAGAAAGGGAGAGAAAGAGGCGAGAAGAAGAAAAUAAAAAGAAGUUAGAAGAAGAAAAUAAGUUAGAAGCUGAAGUGGUAGUCGAAGAUAAAAUAGAAACUGAGGCCGAGUCAGACAAGGUAGAAGAAAACGUCAAUGACAAAGAAACUGAUCAGGAAUCAAAAGAUUCCUUAUCAGACUUGUUCGAAGACAAACCCGCUAAAAAAGAAGACAAUAUAGACUCAGGGUCAGAUUCGGAUCAGGGAGGAGGUGAUGAUGAUAUGAAGGAGUAUUUAGCUUGGAAAGCUGCUCAGAAAAAGAAAGCUGCCGAAUAAUCCACAAAUUGCUGGAAUCAUAAAUUUAUUUUGAUCAUGUGAUUUUUGAUAAGGCCCUGAGGAGUGUGGGUAUCUGUGAUUUCAGAUUUUGUUAGGACUUAGUAUUAC